AUGUCCGAUGGGGGAUCCGGGGCAUGGCUCCCUCGUCUUCCUCGGCUUCGUCCGCCCCUGUCCCGAGAAGCGCGAGGCUGGCGUCCAGUCGCCUUGCGACCGGCUUAUCUCGGUGCCCUCAUAUGUUCGAUGUUGACGAUUAUAUUGUGUCUGGAAGGGCUGCGACAGUAUAGCGACCGGGAAGGUGGACUGGCUUUCUUCGAAAACACCGACGAUGUUUCCUCCGCUCAAUCGUUCGCCUACAACUAUCUGCCAAUCAUUGUUUCACUCGUCCUGGUCGUGGUAUGGACUGUCACCGAUUUCGAUGUCCUCCGCCUCGAGCCGUAUUUUCAGCUAUCUCGACCCGAGGGAGCCCCGGCGACCGUGCUAUUUAUCAACUACAACUUCGGCCAGACUGUUCUUACCCCGAUCAACGCCGCUCGGCGGCGCCACUGGGUAGUGCUGUGGGUCUCGUUCGUGACCCUCUCGAUUCGAAUGAUUCUCCCUGCCUUGCAGAGCACGGUCUUCGAACUACGAGAGGUCACGGUGACUGAUCACGGCACCAUGAAAAGCUGGCCGCAUUUGGUGAACCUGGAUACACAAGAGCGGUGGAUGUCCACGCAGGCCAACAAUACUGUCGAUUCCCCGCUUACUUCGGACGAGCAACUGCGGCGCACCCGAUCCUCGAAAUUUGCCGUUGCACCCGUGGAAAUCCCAGGGACCCGACAGGAUGAGCGCACAAUGUGGACUUUGGAUCAAACCCUAUACUGGGCGGAACUCUCCUGUCAAAACGUUCUCGUUGGUGACAAGCUUACUGUUGCCAUCGAAGACCCUCAAGCCGAAAACCCAAUGAUCUCAUGGAAUGCGAGUGGCAUCGAUCUAGAUACCAAAUACGGCGGUGCGGACGAAUGCACUUUAGGGUUUCAAUACGAAAGUGUUUAUUUUCCGUCUACUGAUUACCUCCAAGUCCGCUACUGGGAGCCAGUGAUCAGUGAUGCAGCUAAAGAAGCCUUUCCGAACCGGACACAGGCCUUCACUGCAUCUGGAUGUGACCCGUAUGACCUAUAUGGCAUGAUCAUAGGCGUGAAUGCCACGACCGCCACUUCGAAUGAUUACUCCGUCUCGGGAAUGGCCUUCGCCUGCGACAUCACCUAUCAUCAGGCGGAGGCAAGCGUCAUGAUGCAUUCCAACAGUUCGAUCACAUCUAUCCAGAUUGAUCGUGGCACUACGAGGAAUCUGACGGCGGAUGAUUUCAGCAUCGAGCACUUCCAGGCCCUGCUAUCACAGCGCGCCCCUUAUACCAGUGACAUGCUGUUCAUACGUGAAAAUGCCACCACAGGGGACCGCACGAUCACGGAGUUGCCAGUCAUCAGCCAGGAAAUGGGAGAUUUCCAACCUCUUCUGGUACUGGACACUUCAACUGUGAUGACAGAGGCUGAACUUAUAUCGAAGAUUGAAAGGGACGUCAAACAGACGUUUGUCUUCACACUUGGUCGCCUAUUUGAUCCAGAGACCAAACCGGCCAUCAUCGCGGCCACCCGUCUGUCAAAACAGGUCGCGAUCGCGGUUGUUGACUUCGCCGCCCUGUGGUCUGAGUUCAUUCUGAUCCUGGCUACCUUGACUACCAUCUACCUUCUCUAUAUGCAUAACACACGAGAGCUGUUUCUCAAAAGUGACCCAGGCUCAAUUGGCGCGAUGUGUAGUAUCACAGCGGAUGUGUUCCACCCUUCCAACAUUCUUGCCGAGCCAGUGGCAGAAUUUCAUCAGUUUUCCACUCGCCAACUUCGUCGUAUCUUCAAAGAUGCUCGCUGUUACUGGCGACCAGGUCCUUCUGGGAACCGUUUGGAGAUUCUUGCAGAGGAUGGCUCCCCUGUACAGCUCGGGGAGAAUCUCCAGACUCAUGUUGACCCCAUGCCCCAUUUCCUGGUGAUUCCUUUCUUUUUGGUAGAAUUCCUAGCAUUGGCUGGAGUAAUUAUUCUCAUGGGCCUGGUCGUCGCGUCUCUGCUGCGUGAUGGUCGCUUUCGCCAUCUGACGCAGUCCGACUCGAGUGCAUUCCAGGUUGUCCUAUCCUUUUUGCCAUCCCUCAUUGCAUCUUCCGUUGGAUCUUUGUGCACUUCGAUUCACCGGAAUUUAAGCGUUCUGGAGCCAUGGGUACAUCUUCAACGCGGCAAUGCCUCAGCACGGGCCUCGUUAUCGAUCAACUAUUCCUCACAGAGCCCUUUUGCAAUCUUUAUAAAGGCAGUCCGCGACCGUCAUCUCUUGCUCGGACUUGUGUCUAUUGCUUGCGUCAUGAACAUGGUCUUGACCGUUGUCGCCGGUGGACUGUUCACUCAGCAGUUGACAACCACGACGUUAGACACCAAAGAUUUGACUAUGAACUACAGUCAAUCCAUCUUCUGGCAGACCGACUUUGCUGCCGAAUUCACGGAAUAUGAUCUAAUCCAAACGAGUAUAACCAGUGGGGUUCCCAUUCUCUCUUGGACUAGCCCAAACCAGUCUUUCAUCCCUGUUCAUGUGAAUAAUCGCAGCCCCGAUGUGACUUACGGCGCAUCUACCCUCGGUGUGGGCGCUGAGCUCAAGUGUCAAGCCCUCUCAACAAGUGACCUUGUACAUAACAGUACAAGUGGCCAUCAAUCCUGGCGGUACAAACUGUUCGACAAUUCUUCGGUGGAAUGCGCCGCGCGCAUGCCGGCCCUGCAAAGCAAAGAAGAGGGCAUUGCCUUGUCGAUUCACUUCCUUUCUCCAGAUGAUUUGGCUCAUUCGGAUGUCUGUCAGACCUCGACGGUACUUGUCGUUGGUCGCUGGGACUAUCUUGCAAAUUCCCCAGUCACAGACAAGAACACGAUUGCGUUGCACUGUGAGCCCCAUGCCCAAUUGCAAGAAUACUCUGUUGCUUUUGAUCAGAAAGGCCAAAUCGAUUGGCAUGAGCCUUUGCCCCACACAUCCAUCAACAAAGGGACCAUGUACGACAACGCCACUGUCAGUCUCGGCCAGUUCAACAAAGUCUUUGCUGCUAUUCCGAGUAGCUACAUUGGCAACACCACCAUGCAGAAUGGUACAUACAACAUCUCUUCGUACGAUUGGGCGGGCUUCCUGGUCGCCCGACUGUACCAGCGCCAGGAUCCUGAUUUUGAUUCACUCGACUUGGAUCUUCUGACUGAUAUGACCCAGACCGUUUACCAGUGGGUAUAUAGUACUUACUUCUCCAUUUGGCGCGAUAUAUAUCUUGAGCCGCUUGAUAAGCCAGUCUUGGCUACAAACGCCACCAUCACCAGUAGCACAUGGCACAUGGCCCCGUCAGCCCCAUCCCUUGCUAUUGCUCUGACCAUCAUUGUAUUUGAUACAAUCGUCGUUCUCCUGGUUUUCGGGACUCGCCGUGGCCGGUUCCGAGGUCCAAGAAUGCCUCGCUCGAUCGGCGCCAUCAUUCCGUGGAUCUCGCACAGCCAGAUGCUUCACGACUUCGCCGACACCCACACCUGGAGCAGCUCCAAGCGACACGCUCAUAUCUCGGCCCUCAACAAACGUUAUGGGUUUCGCAUGUUCAUGGGCGCUGAUAACCGCUGGAGAUUUGCUGUUGACCAGGAACCUGGGCCCCCAAAACCUUCGGAUGACCCGGAUCCCGCGGAGGACGAAGUUGAGGUCGACAAGACCACGACCAUUCAGUUGCAGGAAAUUCAAAACCCACAAUCUCCAAGUCCGCAUUAA